AUGUUUUAUUCGGGUAUCCUGACAGAGACGAGUAGAAAAGAAGUGGAGAUAAGGGAAGCAGCAUCUCUCCGUCAGCAGAGGAGGAUGAAGCAGGCAGUUCAGUUUAUUCACAAGGAUUCUGCAGAUCUCCUCCCUCUGGAUGGGCUGAAGAAGCUGGGGACUUCAAAAGAUACCCAACCACAUAAUAUCCUGCAGAAGCGCCUAAUGGAGACAAAUUUAUCAAAAUUACAAAGCAGCCGAGGCAGCUGGACUCCAAAGAGUGAUAUCUCAGCGCAGACCAACAAGCUGAAACAAACCAAACUGGGCAGCUCAGAGAAAACGGAGGACGAGGAGCUCAUAGUGGUGAGCUGCCAGUGUGCGGGGAAGGAGCUGAAGGCUGUGGUGGACACUGGCUCGCAGCACAACCUCAUGUCAUCUGCCUGCCUGGACAGGCUAGGGUUAAAGGAGCAUCUCAAAGCACUCCAUGGUGAAGACGAGAUGGUUUCAUUGCCGCACAAGGUGAGGGUGAUCGGCCAGAUCGAGUGCCUGGCCCUCACGGUGGGAGCGGUUCCCGUGGAGUGCGCUGCCCUCGUCGUGGAAGACAGUGAGAAACCCUUCUCCUUUGGGCUGCAGACACUGAAAUCUCUGAAGUGCAUCAUAAACAUGGAGAAGCACCAUCUCGUUCUGGGGAAGACGGACAGGGAAGAAAUCCCGUUUGUGGGCAGCGGCAGUGGUGUGGCAGGAGAGCA